AUAUACAUAAACAUACCGGAUGUGAAUUGCCAACAGCUUCAAGAAGAAGACGAGGAGCAACAAACGGGAUUUUUAAUGAAACAAUGCUGCUUCUGAGACUACAUUAAAGAAAGCUGGUCCUGCUGAGCAUCAUGGCUAACCAGAGAGUGCUCCCUCAGAGCAAGGAGACUCUGCUGCAGAACUACAACAAGAGGCUCAAAGACGACAUCAAGUCCAUCAUGGACAACUUCACGGAAAUCGUCAAAACUGCAAAGAUAGAAGAUGAGACUCAGGUAUCGCGACCCACCCAAGCAGAGCAAGACCACUAUGAGAUGCACGUCAGAGCUGCAAACAUCGUUCGUGCCGGCGAGUCCCUGAUGAAACUGGUGUCCGAUCUGAAACAGUUCCUGAUCCUGAAUGACUUUCCCUCGGUGAACGAUGCCAUCAGUCAGCAGAACCAGCAGCUCCGUGCGCUGCAAGACGAAUGUGACAAGAAGCUGACGUCGCUCCGAGAUGAGAUCGCCGUGGACCUCUAUGAGCUAGAGGAAGAGUAUUACUCCUCCAGGUACAAAUAGGCUCAGAUCCGCUCCAUCCUGCCGCUCCUGUGUCAUCCCACUGUGUACUGUCACAGCUUUUAACCCAGUUUAAAGGGUCUCCAGACAGAUCAUCCACAACAUUCACACAUAUCUCAGCUAAAGGUCAUUUUUACAUUUUCUCUAAUGUUUUCACGAUGUUACUGUUAAUCAAGUGCCUUGUGGUUUUUUUUUUUCUUCCUCAAAGUAAGGACACUACAUAUCAAUUUUACCCGCAUAUCCAUUUCUCAGUCUGCUGGUCAACAUGUUUGUGACACAUAUCUGUUUAUUGUUCAUCGCACAUUCUUCUGGUGGUACCUUCUAUAAACCAAAGAGAUUGAUGUCAAAAAUCCUUUGCUAAAGUAUUCAUACUCUGUAAAUAUUGUCACAUUUUGUCACAUUGGAACCAAAAACCUCUUUUAAUUUAUUGUGAUUUUGUGUGAUCCAGUCAGCUUAAAGCAGCACAAAAUGAAAAGAAGUGGAGGAAAAAUUAUGCAUGUCUUUAAUAAUAUUUUGUAAAUAAAAAAUCUGGACAUUUUGCCAUGCAUUUUUAAACAGCGUCUGAAGAUCAAUUUUCAAUGUAACUGUUGGUAUGAGGCUCUUAACUCUUAAUGGAGGUUAAUGGAAGUUAGUUGGACAGAGCUAUUAUAACGUCUCAGGAUGUUUCGAUCUGAACACUUGCAUUGUAGCCAAAAGGUGAACCGCCACUUGAGCCUAAAGUCUUUUGCAGGUGCUAACAUGUUUUUUUUUUUUUUUCAACCAUUGCCCUUUAUUUAGCUCCAUUCCACUUCCUUUCAAUUAUGAGCAGCGUCUACAGCCCUGCAGAAGAAAAGAAUCCCCAAAGCAUAAUGCUGCCACCACCAUAUUUCACAAUGUAGACGGUUUGUUAGUUGCCUGGCUCACACAGUUUUACCAUUUGGAGAAAAAAUGUUGGGGUAUUUUUUUAUGUUUUUUCCGGUUUUGGCUGAUGGGUUGAACUAAAACAGGUGAGGCAGUUGGUGGCACUUUAUUUUAUUUAGGGUAUCAUGCAUCAUUUUUCCUUCAUUUCACUACUUUAUCACAUAAAACCUUAAAUGAAAUGUGCUAUUUUUUUGGUUGCAACAUUGAAAUGUGCAAGGGUCAUGAUUAGCUUUGCAAGCCACUGUAUUACUGCUAUUUUUAUUUUUAUCCGAACUUUGAACUGUCCUCAGGAUCCAAUGGAUUUAUGAGACAUUUUAACUUUCAUGGCAGAGAUAAGUAUUGAAAUUGUAAAAGAACAAAAAAUCUAUAAUUAAAAAUUAAAUCUGUUUUUCUCAUUGAGUUGUUGGAAGCAACACAAAGUUUUAUAUGAAGUUGGAAAAGAUAUUAGAAUAACUAAAGCAAUAUAAGAAUAUUUUUUCUUGAAGCAGAUUAAAAAUAGUCAGUGCUAGAAUUCAUUAAUUAUUUGUACUGUUCAACCCAGACUUUUUUUUUUACUUAAACAAUUAGGUUGAAUCUAAACCUAGUGUUUGUUUUUGUUUUUUUUAGGUAGAUGUGUUUUGAUAAAGACAAUUAAGCGCCAACGUUUGUAGUGUCCACCCAAUCAGUCUGUAACCAUGUAAGCGGUUCAGAGGACUUAAAAUGAUUGAGAAAUAAAGCGGAGACAAAACGCUCAA